AAGCCAUCUUCGAUGGCGUUUAAUUCACCUCCAUCUCUAUAUAACACUCCCACCUCUUACCUGAGUCUGCUACUACUACUGAUUACCUUUCUCAGCUUCAACAAUGGCGAUGGCUUUCAAGAUGGCGACGACGGGGAUGUGGGUGACGGACGAGUGCAAGAACUCGUUCAUGGAGAUGAAGUGGAAGAAGGUGCACAGGUACAUAGUAUUCAAGAUCGACGAGGGAUCGCGGCUAGUCACCGUUGACAAAGUCGGCGGCUCCGGCGAGGGAUACGACGACCUCGCGGCGGCGCUGCCCAAGGACGACUGCCGGUACGCCGUCUUCGACUUCGAUUUCGUCACCGUCGAUAACUGCCGGAAAAGCAAGAUCUUCUUCAUUGCAUGGUCUCCGACGGCUUCGAGAAUUAGGGCAAAAAUAUUAUAUGCAACCUCUAAAGCUGGGUUGAGAAGGGCAUUGGAUGGAAUUCACUAUGAGCUCCAAGCUACGGACCCGACGGAGAUGGGGUUCGAUAUAAUUCAAGACCGGGCUAAGUAAUUAUAUCAAAAAUAAUGAAAUCCGGUUUUUUGGUAUCUAAAUUACUUACUUUUAAAUUAAUAACUUUUAUUUGGAAUUUUCUCAUUGUACUUUUGUGAUCUUUUGUAGACUAAUGUAAGUUGAUCCUCUAAUUUGUAAUAAUAACAAUAAUUAUUGUGA